AUGACUGAAGCCAAACAAGAUUUAAUUGAAUUAUCAUCAAAUCCUUUAGAUGUAUGGAUAAAUACACAUUAUGAUGAAUUGUGUGCAGGUAUGACGUGUGAAAAUGCUCUAUUCUGCAAACCAUCAGACAUGAAAGACAAAAACUUUCAAAUGAGUAUUAAGGAUAAAUGUGAUAGGAAACAUAGAAGAAUAGACGGUAAACAGAUAUGGUAUUAUGUUUUGAAAGAAGAAAUGAAAGGAUUAUAUAAACAGGUUGAACCAAACGAUAAUGAGGAUUCAUUUACUGAUGAUGAAAUACCUGUAAAUGAGCCGCUAAGCGGCGAGACCUGA